GCGGGAGGUGAAAACCUCAAGUCCACAGAUAAAGUGAAACCCUGAUGAUAACUUCAACCGCUCUCUGCUCACCACAGAAGAAGAACGAGAAACGGUGGCGCCACAGGCUCCGCCCCUUUGUUUGUUUACAUGGCCUGAGUGUGAGCCAGAUGCUUUCAUGACGGAACCUUGGGCCCAGCAGGAUCCAACAGAGUCCAAGGGUCCGUUUGGACAUGUUGGUGGAGUUCAUGUUUAGGUGUGAGCUCUGCUCAUGUCCACGUCUGUCUGUCUCUGUGUGUGUCUGUGUGUGUCUGUGUGUGUCUCUCUCUCUCUGAGUGAGGUGGCGUGUGAGAGUCGUGAGUGUCGACGGAGCGAUUAAACCUGUUUUUGAUGUGCAUUCGAAUUAGUAUUUGCUUUGUACUCAUGAGGGUGUUUUCGGUGAAGGUUGGUUUAUUGUUUUUGUGUGCACAUAUCGAGGGUUGGGGGUGUUUUUGAGGGUUUUUUCCGUGUUUUUUCGCCGCCGGCGUCUGCAGGUGCAGACUUCCGGCUGGUGCUAGCAUGAUGCUAACCGAGCUAACGCGGAAGCACGGCCUGAGGAUCGCCGCUGCUUCUCGUUUUUCCGUGGACGAGUGCGCGGUUGUUGUGGCUGCGGUGGUCGGUCCGCUCAGCCUAAAAUCAGCUGCAAGAAUGAACGGAGUAGUGGUCAUUUUUCUGGACAGUGUUGAUAAAGUCCACAAAGUCAUCGAACACGGCAUCGUUAUCAACGGUGAUUCCAUCUCCGUGUCUCCUCUCACGCAACCUGCUAAAAAGGUAACAGUGUCCAACGUCCCACCUUUCAUCAGCGACCACCUGUUGAGAAAAGAACUGUCCAGGCACGGAAAAAUAGUGUCUCCCAUUAAAAAGUUACCAUCGGGCUGUAAACAGUGGGAACUGCGUCACGUGAUUUCUCACAGGCGUCAGGUCUACAUGGUCCUGAACAAUAAGGAGGAAGAACUGAAUCUUGGUUUUAAGCUCAGAAUUGACGACUACGACUACGUUCUGUUCAUAACGUCAGAGACUAUGAAAUGCUUUGGAUGUGGCAAAGAGGGACAUUUAGUGAGAGCCUGUUCAGACAAAGCUGGGGGCGACUUCCACUCGGGUGCAGGAGGCCGUGCAGCCGCCUAUGGAGGAGAGGCCCAGCGCGGAGGAGAGGAGCAGCACGGAGGAGAGGAUGGACAGGAGGCUGGUGGAGAAGGUGCAGACGGACGGGAGGACGGUGGAGAAGGUGCAGACAAGCAGGAGGAGGCCGGUGGUGGUGGUGAAACAAAAGUAGUGAGUGGAGACACUGUGGUCGAGACUGACAACGAACGGUCUAAACAGGCUGAAGUUGAGACUGUAAACGGAAGUGAAGUUGCUGAUAUGUCAACUGUGGGAAGGCAGAACAGAAAUGAUAUAGAAAUGUGUGAUCAGGACCCAAAUGUAAACAGUGCUGUAGCUGAAGAGAAUGCAGGGAUGGGUGAUGGUAGGAAAGAACAUACAAAGAGAAAAAGCGACACUACUGUUGAUGACACAGAUGAUCAGUCAGGAACUGGUAAAAAGGUAAAGGGCCAAAAGCCAGACAGACGACCUGUGACUCAGAUCUCAGUGAGGAUGAGUUUUCUCUCAGCUCUGACGGUGAAAUGUCUGACUGUAGGUCUCAGUCACCGGAGCCCAAGACCUACUCAGUUGAUCGGGUUAAACUGUUUUUACAGCACACGAAAAAUAAGAGGGGUGUGAAUAUUGACGAUUAUUUUUCGGAUGACGAAUGUUUUGUGAACUCGGUCUAUGACCAAAUGGGAAGUAGAGGAAAAGGAGGUUACACAAACCAGGAAGUUGUUAGGUUAAAGAAAAUACUGCACAAAAUAAGCUGAGAUCUGGAUGAUGGCGUUUUUUAACAAGUUUGUCACCAUGCUGCUAUGUUUUUUUGUGUGUUUUGUUCCUGUAUCUUUUUUGAGCUUCUUUUUUAAAAUGAUUAUCAAUUUUUUAUUUAAACCCUGUGCUGUCAUUGUAAGUUUUUAAACUAUUCUUGUCAUGAGUUUAUUUACAACUGACCAAUAAAGUCUUGUGAAAAAUCAAAUCUCUCUCUCUCUGUCUCUCUCUGUCUCUCUCUCUCUCUCAUUGUCCGUCUCUGUGCAGUGUGAGAACUGCUGUGCAGCCCUGGAGGAGGCGAAGCCGCUUUCAGGAGCCUCUGUGAGGCCACAAAGCAGCAUUGAUGCGUUGAAUGGCUGUUUUCUGGGCCGGAGGCCUCUGAGUUACGGCUCCCCGCCUUGGUAUGCACAGCCUCACAGGCCCAAACGGGCCGGCGCUGAGCGGAUGAGCGGACGCUGGAGCCCAGC